CGCCCGCUUGGCUUGCAGCUCGGGGAGGGCGGCUGAGGCGGCGGCGCUCGCCGCGCCGGUUGAGGGGGCGCUGAGGCGGGAGCUGUGGCGGCGCUGGGCGCCCCUCGCUCCUCGGCCUCUGGGGGCCAUGGGCUCUGAGAAGGACUCCGAGUCGCCGCGCUCUACAUCUCUACACGCGGCCGCGCCCGACCCCAAGUGCCGCAGCGGCGGCCGGCGCCGGCGCCUCACCUUCCACGGAGUCUUCUCCGCCUCGGCCCGCGGUCGCCGCGCCCGGGCCAAGCCACAGGCCGAGCCACCGCCCCCGGCCGCGCCGCCGCCGCCCGCCCCGGUCCCGGCCGCGGCCCAGGCCCCGCCGCCCGAGGCGCUGCCCACCGAGCCGGCCGCCGAGGCGGAGGCGGAGGCCGCGGCGGCGGCCGGGCCCGGGUUCGACGAUGAGGAGGCGGCGGAGGGCGGCGGCCCCGGCCCGGAGGAGGUGGAGUGCCCGCUGUGCCUGGUUCGGCUGCCGCCCGAGCGGGCCCCGCGCCUCCUCAGCUGUCCGCACCGCUCGUGCCGGGACUGCCUCCGCCACUACCUGCGCCUGGAGAUCAGCGAGAGUCGGGUGCCCAUCAGCUGCCCCGAGUGCAGCGAGCGACUCAACCCGCACGACAUCCGCCUUCUGCUCGCCGACCCGCCGCUCAUGCACAAGUACGAGGAGUUCAUGCUGCGCCGCUACCUGGCCUCGGACCCCGACUGCCGCUGGUGCCCGGCCCCGGACUGCGGGUAUCUGAGUUCCCUGGGGAUGUGGCCAAUGGUUUUGCCACCUUUUGAAUGCCAGGAGAAAAACAGCUUGUUUUGUUUUGUUUCAAACUGUUCUAUUCUUCUGUGUCUGGUAAAAAUCAUGGAUGAGCAUUAUGCAGUUAUUGCCUAUGGCUGUGCCAGCUGCCCAAAGCUGACCUGUGAGAGGGAAGGCUGCCAAACGGAGUUCUGCUACCACUGCAAGCAAAUAUGGCAUCCAAAUCAGACAUGUGAUAUGGCCCGUCAGCAGAGGGCACAGACUUUGCGAGUACGGACCAAGCACACUUCAGGUCUCAGUUAUGGGCAAGAAUCUGGACCAGAUGACAUCAAGCCAUGCCCACGAUGCAGUGCUUACAUUAUCAAGAUGAAUGAUGGAAGCUGUAAUCAUAUGACCUGUGCAGUGUGCGGCUGUGAAUUCUGUUGGCUUUGUAUGAAAGAGAUCUCAGAUUUGCAUUACCUCAGCCCCUCUGGCUGCACAUUCUGGGGCAAGAAGCCGUGGAGCCGUAAGAAGAAAAUUCUUUGGCAGCUGGGAACACUGAUUGGUGCGCCAGUGGGGAUUUCCCUCAUUGCUGGCAUUGCCAUUCCUGCCAUGGUCAUUGGCAUUCCUGUUUAUGUUGGCAGGAAGAUUCACAGCAGGUAUGAGGGAAGGAAAACCUCCAAACAUAAGAGGAAUUUGGCUAUCACAGGAGGAGUGACUUUGUCAGUCAUUGCAUCCCCAGUUAUCGCUGCAGUUAGUGUGGGUAUUGGCGUCCCCAUUAUGCUGGCUUAUGUCUAUGGGGUUGUCCCUAUUUCUCUCUGUCGUGGAGGUGGCUGUGGAGUUAGCACGGCAAACGGAAAGGGGGUGAAAAUUGAGUUUGAUGAAGAUGAUGGUCCAAUCACAGUGGCCGAUGCCUGGCGAGCCCUCAAGAAUCCCAGCAUUGGGGAAAGCAGCAUUGAAGGUCUGACUAGCGUAUUGAGUACCAGCGGAAGCCCUACAGAUGGACUCAGUGUUAUGCAGGGUCCAUACAGCGAGACAGCCAGCUUUGCAGCUCUCUCAGGGGGCACUCUGAGUGGUGGCAUUCUUUCCAGUGGCAAGGGAAAAUACAGCAGGUUAGAAGUCCAAGCCGAUGUCCAAAAGGAAAUUUUCCCCAAAGACACAGCCAGUCUUGGUGCAAUUAGUGACAACGCAAGUACUCGUGCUAUGGCCGGUUCCAUAAUCAGUUCCUACAACCCACAGGACAGGUAUAGCAUGAGCCAUACAUGACUCAGCAAAGUGGAUUUUGUCUCCACAGAGAAUGCAACAAUAUGGAAAUCCAAGUGGACAUUGAAGCCAAACCAAGCCACUAUCAGCUGGUGAGUGGAAGCAGCACGGAGGACUCGCUCCAUGUUCAUGCUCAGAUGGCAGAGCAUGAAGAAGAAGGUAGUGGUCGUGGCGGCAGUGGCGGCAAUGAAGAGGAUCCCUCCUGCAAACACCACAGCUGUGAACAGAAAGACUGUUUGGCCAGCAAAGCUUGGGACAUCAGCCUGGCCCAGCCCGAGAGCAUCCGAAGUGACCUGGAGAGCUCUGAUACGCAGUCGGACGAUGUGCCAGACAUCACCUCAGAUGAGUGUGGCUCCCCUCGCUCCCAUACGGCAGCCUGCCCCUCGACUCCCAGAGCCCAAGGUGCACCGAGCCCAAGUGCCCAUACGAACCUCUCUGCCCCAGCCGAGGGGAAGACUGUCUUGAAGCCAGAAGGUGCAGAAGCCAGAGUAUGAAGUGGAAUGAAUGCUCCUGUUCUGAGAAGCACACUUGUUGUAACUGCAUCUUUUGGAAUAUUUUUUUGGGGAGGCGGGGAUUUAUGUAUUUUAUUUCAAAGAUUCUCUGGUCACAGGUUUUCCCCAGGGAAAUUCUGAGAAAUUUGCAGUUUCUUACCAGAAAAAACAUGGAGAUUUUUGCCCUUAGUCCUACCCCCACCCCCUCCCUCCUUUUUUUAGUUUUAAUUUAUUGGUUAAACUGAUGGUGGCGAUUCGUGAGGUGUGUCAAAGAGUGUACAGAUGUAUGUGUGUAUAUUGUAUGUAUGCUAACAUAUUACUGAAGGACACAUUUUAAUAAAGAUUUCUGUCGUAAUUCAACUCAAUCUCAUUUUCCUUGGCUUGGAUAGUUCUACAGAGCCAAGUGUUUGAAUAGACCACUCACGGCUUUAACAGUCUCUAGAUCGGAGUUUUCCCAAUCCCAGGAAAGGAUUGUAUUCUAAUUAGACUGCAGUGGAGUCCUCUAUAAACCAGUGACUCCUAGCCUGACAGGAAGCAAAGGUAGCUUGCUUUGGACUGCGUAGUCAGACUGAAGCCUUAGCUGAGUCAGCCAUGUGAAGAAGCUGUAGAUUAAAAUGAACCUUGUUUGCCCUCUCGAGGCAGCUGUGUAGUUUUGCUGUUAAAGCUUUACUUCGCGUUGUAGGCACCAGUAGAAAUGUACUUCAGAGGAGGGAAGGGGCGGCGGCUGUUGCAGUGCCUCUUCGGAGAGAGCCCAGUGAAUGGUGCAGGGUUAAAACUUGGGGACAAAGUACUCUUACUGGAGAAGGAAAGGUCCUGAUUUUGCCUAAUCACCAAGCAGUAACCCAGGUGUUUGUUGUAUUCUCUGGUAUGCACUCCCUGUUCCAAAACGCUGUCUCUGUUUUGCCAAUGUAGUUUAAGUAAGAGGGCCUAAGGAAUCUGACUAAGAUUCGUAAUGAAAGGAGACAGGAGACAUGCCAUCAGAAUCUCAACAUUUAAUUUUAUCUGCUCUUAUAAAGUCAUCAGAAUUGCACUAAGUUGGUAUUACUCAGGGUUCUGGCUCUGUCUAGAAUAAUGACCUUAGCAAGAAAGCUCAUACAUAGUGUAGCAGAAAACCUAAAAGAUUCAUGAAACCUGAUGUAAGAUUCUAAAUCUGGCAGUAACUUUGUGACUGUGAAUCAGUUUCUCUCUCAUGCCCCUAGUUUCCCCAACUCUUAAACAAUAUUUAAGGAGUGUCCAGUGCCAAACUUCUCUAGCCCCUUAGCCCUGGGCCCAGAGAAAGAGUUGAAAACAUCCUUUCCCUGAGGACCAGAUGGCUUUCUGUUUCCUUCCACAGAUGCACCUGCUCCUUGUCUUCCUGGCCUGUGCUUUACCACAAUGAGGAGGAUGAAUCUGGACGACAACUUGGAAGAUCCUUAUCUCUGGGGCACUGCAGCUAGACUGAGCACAUUUCCCUGCACCUAGGACAGGAAGUGCUCUUAGAGGGCUUCGGGUCUCUGGAAGACAAUGCCCUAGUGUUCUUGUGUGAAAAGGGGACUUGUUGGAAAAAGGGGCAGACAGUCUGGAAAUCUCUGAAAUGCAAAUAAUCAACUCAAGAUUGCAGUUCUCUUGAAACCUCACCAGGACAGCCGUUAACUUGGAUAAAAUCAAAGAAGUCUUUUGGAGGGGCAAGCGUCGGCAGCCAAGCCUGUGUUGUUAUCUAGGCUCCGCUUCUUCCUGCUGUGAGACUUGGGCAGUGGCCUCUGAGUCUGUUUUCACUUAGCCAACACGGGGAGAACAAUCCUUAACUAUGGGGUCGUAAAGAUUAAGUGAGAUGGUGACUGAAAUGCUUUUUUUCCUCCUGCAGGAAUAAGAAGAAAUAAGUUAAGGGAGAUUAUGGGUGCCAUCUAAGGAAAGCCCGGAACUCUAGACCAGAAGCUAUGAAAAACUAAACUUACUCUAAUCCUUUGCAACACUCCUGUUGCAGAUCCUAGACAUUAGUUGAUGAAAAGGCCCUUCAGCGCCGCCUGGAGGAGAACAUGAGUAAUGCAUUGGAAAAGUUCUCCCUUUAGAAAAUGGGGAAAGUUUAACUUCCUCUUUGUACAGCAUUCAUUCAUUUUGAAAUGCCUACCACAUUUCAAGUGUAGAAUACAGCAAUGAAGAAAACACAAAAUUAUUGUCCCCGUGGAACUUACACUCUAGUGGGGAAAGACCAUCAGGUCUAUAAUCUGGAUGAGGAUUAGUGCACUGAAGAAAACAAAGCAGGGAGAGGGAAGAGAGAAUGGUAGAUGGUGUUACUUCAGAUGGUAGUAUAGGCCUCUUUGAUAAAAGUAAUUUUUUUUAAUCUUUUUUUUUUUUUUAAGAUUUUAUUUAUUUAUUUGACAGAGAGAGCGCACAAGCAGGGUGAGUGGCAGGCAGAGGCAGAGGGAGAAGCAGGCUCCCCGCAGAGCAGGGGGAGCCUGAUGCGGGACUCGAUCCCAGGACCCUGGGAUCAUGACCUGAGCGGAAGGCAGUCGCUUAACCAACUGAGCCACCCAGGCGCCCUGAUAAAAGUAAUUUUAUCAGAGUCCUAAGGGGAGUGAGGAAGAACCAAGUGAAUAUCUAGAGGAAGAAUGUAACAGUCAUUAGGAACAGAGUACAAAGACUCUUUGGUGGAACAUCCUUAGUCUGAUUAAAACACAUGCACACACAGCUUAGAGACCUAUAUGGCUGGGGAUGAGAGUGUGUAGAUUAGCAAAACAGCUCUGAAGACAAGGAAAUUUUAAGUUUCUCUGAGGCCAGGAAGAGAGGUAAUCUUCAAACCAGAGAGAUGGGAUGCUUGCAGUCAACUUUCAAAGGGGCUAAACCUGGGAGAGGGUGCGUCUGGUCACCAGUCUGACUUGGAUGGACUAAUGUGAAGAAACUCAUGGAUAUGGUACUUAUUCAUUCUGACCCUUUCUAAUACACUUUCUUGUACUCCAGAGCCUGGAAAGCUAAAAACUACAUGUCUUAAACUUCCUUAAACCAAGGUUCUGAAUAUAAUUUAAGUUUUGCCAGUUAAAUGUGCAAACAAGAUGUGGAAGGAAGAAGUGACUGAGGGGUAAUCUUCAGCUAUUUUGACUAGUUGCUACUGCAAGGAUAUAGAGACCUUGGGUUUCUCUUCAACAGUAUUCCAAUAUCCGUCCAUAGUUUUGUGAGUGAAGGGCUUCCUGAUCCAUAAAUAACAGUGAUAAGUGUUCUUAUAGUCAGCCUGUGGUGGCCUCCUGAUGCCUCAUCUUGAUGGUCACAGAGGUCUACCAGGGUAGACCAGUCAGUUUUUCCUGGAGGUCCAGCCUAGAGCCCACUUGCUCAGGCUUUCCAAUUCUGGCAAGCACCUAAUUUAUUUGUAUUGAAUCCUUUUCUACUUAAAAUAGGUACAAGGGUUUUGUUUCUUACAACUACUAAUUGCUGGUAAUGGUAUUUGGUUCCAAAAAUGGUUAUAGGCAAUAGGCCCUCAAACAUGGUACUCUUAGAUUAGUUGUGACUCUGUUGGACUUGAAGGAAAUGAGGAUAAAAUUGCCAUUGGAAAGCAGUAGACAAAGAUUACUUAUAUUUGUGGUCACUUGAAAUGUCUUUUGGAGGACUUUGGCAGAUCAAAUGGCUGCCACUACAGACCCAUCAUGUAAGAAAUGAGGGCCUAGAUGGUGGUGGCUAUGCUAAAGAAGUAAAGAAAAGAGGGGUGCCUGGAUGGCUCAGUCGCUUAAGCAUCUGACUCUUGGUUUCAGCUGGAGCCAUGAUCUCAGGAUCUUGGGAUUGAGCCCCACAUUGGGCUCCAUGCUCAGCUGCAGAGUCUGCUCGGGAUUCUCUCUCCCUAUCCCUCUGCCCCCAUCCCCUCCCCCCAACACACGGGUGCACUUGUGCACAUGCGCCCUUUCUCUCAAAUAAAUGAAUAAAUACAGUUUUUUUUUUUAAAAGAAGUAAAGGAAAUAAAACCAAAGGCUCAAGAACUUUAUGUUUUCAGCUCAAGGCAUGUAUAGGAGAGCCCCAGAAGAAUUUCAUCUCUUGCAACUGCAAGGCUGAUACACAUGAAAAUCGGAAGGAGAUUCUGGGUUAUAGAAUUACAACAUAAGUUGAAUUCAUAGCCUUACCAUGUCUCUUUUUUUUUUUUUUAAGAUUUUUUUAUUUAUUUGACAGAGAGAUGGAGAGGGAACACAAGCAGGGGGCAGUGGGAGAGGGAGAAGCAGGCCCCUGACUGAGCACGGAGCCUGAUGCGGGGCUCCAUCCCAGGACCCUGGGAUCAAGACCUGAGCUGAAGGCAGAUGCUUAAUGACUGAGCCACCCCCUUAUCAUGUCUCUUAUGUGAAAAUUAUAGCAUUGUUUGGGAGAGAGUGGAACCCUGAAAUGAGAAAUUGGGGACAUUUGAGUAGAUUUGGAUAAACUCCAGUGUUCUGAAUCCAGAGUCCACUUACCUUCUCUUACCAGCAGAAACAGCCUUUCUUCCCCUCACUGAUAUGGCUGGUCCUGUCUUACUUGGAGACCCUCGGGUACUUGCCUUGAAAGGAAAUGCCAAUACUUAUGUCCCACCCCAUACCCCGUAUUGCCACCAGAUCUGUAACUAGAGUCCCAUCCCAGUAUGCUUUUGGAAGCAAACACAAAGUGUGAUCUAAGGGAAGUCUUACAGAAUUGUAAGAUUUUGUUAAUUUGAAUCAGCAGAAGCCUGGAUUUUAAAAGUUUAGACCAGGAAGAAAAGAACAUUAUUUUCAUUUGGGUUGAAUUUAUUAAUAUGAAAAUUCUAGAGAUACUGGAUUCAAUAUAUUGACUUGAGCAGCUAAGAGUCCUUCUUAGCUGGUUGGUUAGAUGAAGCCUGGACUGAAGAGUGGUCUACACUCAAAUUGAAAUGCCAAACAUUCCUUAGUAUAGCAUUAAAAGAUGAAUCCAAAAACAUGAAGAUAGAAAUGUUGAUGCAGAUUUAUCAUAUGUGUGACUUAUUCAUCUAAUUUUGCCCUCCAGAAUUGCUCAGAGGAUAUUCCUUUCACCAAGGAAUUGGAAAGUACACAGAUAAGGGGAACACCUUAUCUGGAAAAAUGCUAUAGUUUAUAUCCUCCAUAGGCUGGGAUUGAAGCUCAGAGAUGCUGCUGUUGAAAUGGAAUCCCUGAUAUCAGUGAGGAUGAUGGGAUCCUGGAGUGGCAGGCGCCAAGGGGCAGUACAAAGGCAGCGGAGCCGGGGUUGAUAGUCCUAUUUGGUUUAUAUAACCCAAAGCAAGACUCCAGAUCUGGCAAAAAGAGGCCUAUUUUGAGUCACCAAAAUGGAGUUACAAACUCUCACUGAAUUCUCAGACCCAACGCCCUUGAAUAAAGGGGUGCUUAGUGCCCUGGAGGGAGCACCCAACAAUAUCACCAUAACUGUAAUUGUAAAUCUUUUCGUCUUCCCGAAAGGAACCUUAAGCCAUUUAUCUAUGUUCCUGUGGUUAGGGAAAUGGAAAUACCCAGGCCUUUCGGGAAUACUUAGAAACUAGGACUAUGCUAGCAGUAAUCCUAAGGGAUCUAAAAGGUCUUUGUGGGGCGCCUGGGUGGCUCAGUUGGUUAAGCGACUGCCUUCGGCUCAGGUCAUGAUCCUGGAGUCCCUGGAUCGAGUCCCGCGUCGGGCUCCCUGCUCGGCAGGGAGUCUGCUUCUCCCUCUGACCCUCCCCCCUCUCAUGUGCUCUCUCUCAUUCUCUCUCUUUCAGGUGAAUAAAUAAAAUCUUUUAAAAAAAUAAAUAAAUAAAAAAUAAAAGGUCUUUGUGGUCCACUAGUUAGAAUAGAGGUUUAUGGGGUGUUACGGGUUGAAUCAUGUCCUCCAAAAAUGUAUGUGUUGGAGUCCUAACCCAUAAUACCUCAGAAUGUGACCUUAUUUGGAAAUAAGGCCAUUGCAGAGGUAAUUGCAUUAAAAUAGGUCAUAUAGGAGUAGGGUAGGCCCCUACUCCAAUAUGAUUGGUGUCAUAUGUAAAAGGAAAAAUUUUAACACAGAGACACAAAAACAGAGAACGCCACGUGAAGAUGAAGCCAGAGAUCCGGAUGAUGCAGCAGAAGCAAAGGAAUUACAGAGAUUGCCAGCAAACCACCAGAAGAGGGAGAAGCCUAGAACAGAGUCUCCCUCACAGCCCCUCAGAAGGAACCAAACCUGCCAACACCUUGAUCUCAGAUUUCUAGCCCAAUCAGUUUGUGGUGUUUAAGCCACCCAGUUUGUGGUACUUGUAGUAGCAUAUCUUGCAGACUAAUACAUGGGAUCAAAUAGUUUAAAAGGAAUUUUGGCCCAGAUCUA